AUGGGAGACUCUGUCCCCGAUACCCCAGUUAGGGAAAGAACGAUGGGCACCGCUUCCUCUGAAGACGAAGACAUUCACGACACCGUCGCCACUCUUCCUGUUGCUUCACUCACUCCAUCGCAACGCUUCACUCAGCCAACUCAGAUCAUCGACUCCCCUCAUUCACGACCGAAGCACUCGAUUGUCCAAGUCGCUGCUUCAUCGCCUACUGCUCCCUCACUUACAAAUACCCCACCUCGCCGUGGUCUUCUUUCUUCCCUCCUCGCACCUGCUGGCACACAGUUUCGUUCCCCUUCCAACUCUGCGCGUCCUGCAAAGCGUUCUCCAAUCCUCAAUUUUGACGACGGUCCCACCUAUCUUGGUGGCUCGUCUGACGAAGAAGAAAGCUACGCCAUCUCAAGUACCGACAUCAAACCCGCGAUGUUCGAGAAGACGCGUUCCCCCGACAAGGUGGCGGAAUCGCCCGUCCGUUCUGAGGCCCCCGGCAGCGCGUUUGAUCGUUUCAAGGAAAUCACUGCAGCUGCCAAGUAUGAUCCAACUUCCAGCGUCAAGCGCUCUGCGGAGCAACUUGGCGACAUCGACCCGCGCGGCGCGGCCAUGAAGAAGGCUCGCCUCUCCACCGACUCUCAACCCAAGUCUCCUGUCUCCUCCAGUCUCCAGUCUACCGGUGCUACUGAAGCUUCCCGCGCCAAACGCUCUGCAGAGCAGCUUGGCGGCCUUGAUCCCCACACCGGUACGGCCAUCAAGAAGGCCCGCCUCUCUACCGACUCUCAACCCCAGUCUCCCGCCACAACCAACCCCCAUAUCCAGUCUACCAAUGAUAUCGAUGAUUACCGUGUCAAAGUCAAAGUCGAACGCAUGCUUAAGAUCGUUGCCAACAAGACUGUUCAAGAAUGUGUCAAUGCUCUAGUUCGCGCAAAUGGCAACUACGAUGUGGCCCUGGACAUUGUUACCAAGGACCCCGCCCAGUCGAACAACAAGACAGCAAUUAUUAUUGAAUCCUCUGACGAUGAAUUGAGCUCCGCAGUAGCUAGCUCAGCAGCGCCCCUACCUGCUGCGAAGCAACAGAUUCGUGCCCGCAACACUAUUCACAACAAGUAUCGUGAUAGUGCUAACCUGCCUCCCACGUCCACCAACCCCACCUCGCGUGACCAAGGAACUGAUGGAAAGCCCCGUGGUCGUCUUAUGCGCGGCCCUCGUGACCAUGUUCUAUCGCGCGAUGCCUCACCUCAGAACAUCAUCGUGGUCGACGACGAUGCCACCCCACCCAAACCAAAGCCUGGCCGCCUCCAGAAAGGCCGACGCCAGCCAAUCCGCUCCCCCUCUCCGCUUUUGACCGAUUCUGAGGAUGAAGAAGUACAACUCGAUGAUUCGAAGUCUGUGAACCUGCACAAUCAAGUGUUCAAGUUCCUCAACACCUGCGAUACCCGGGAUCUGGCCGACAUUGCCGCAAUUCCUGAGGAUCACGCCAAGGUGAUCACUGAUAACCGUCCCUAUCGCACCCUCGACGAUAUCCGACUUGUCCAAGCUCCUGUUGAUGAAAGUGCCAAACCCAAGGGCAAGGGCAAAGCGCGCCGAGCCCCCAAGCCCAUCGGUGACAAGAUUGUUGACAAAUGUCUCGAGAUGUGGGAGGGCUACAUGGCAGUUGACUCCCUUGUGGCUGAAUGUGCGAAGCUCGGAAAGCCUAUCGCCGAUGAAAUGAAGAAAUGGGGUGUGGAUAUUUUCGGCAAGCCCGGCGGCGACCUGGAGCUCACCUCUAUGACCGCGGGCACUACGCAUGAUUCAGGCAUUGCCACGCCCUCCUCCAGUCACCCAUCUCCCGGGGGUGGAAAUAAAGAAGGAGAUGACGAUGACGAAGAUGAUGGCCCAGUCUCUGCUUCCCGAAAGCCCAAGUCACAGGGCUCCCAAUUCAUCUCCCAGCCCGACAUAAUGGCCAAAGAUCUUGUCAUGAAGGAUUAUCAGAUUGUUGGUCUCAAUUGGCUUGCGCUCCUGUUUGAGAAGGAAAUGAGCUGUAUCUUGGCCGACGACAUGGGCCUCGGAAAGACCUGUCAGGUCAUCAGCUUUCUCGCUCACCUGUUUACAAAGGGAAUCAAGGGACCGCACCUUGUUGUGGUCCCUGCUUCAACCAUUGAAAACUGGAUUCGCGAGUUCACCAAAUUCUGCCCAGAUCUCCAUGUCAUCCCUUAUUACGCUGGUCAGAAUGAACGGGCCGAGAUCCGCCAUCAAAUCGAAGAGAACCGUGAUGAUAUCAACGUUGUGAUCACGACCUACACCAUUGCGAAGAACCCAAUCGAUACGAAGUUCCUUCGCAAUCAGGAAUUCACGGUGUGUGUCUACGACGAGGGGCACAUGCUGAAGAAUUCCAGGUCACAACUAUACGAAAAGCUCAUCCGGAUCCCAGCCAAGUUCCGUCUCCUCCUCACCGGAACUCCCCUGCAGAACAACCUGCAGGAGCUGGCUUCUCUUCUGGGGUUCAUCCUGCCCGAAGUCUUCAAGUCGCAUAAAGACGACUUGAAGGCUAUCUUCGCCAACAAGGCGAAGACGACGGAUGAAUCCCACGCGGCGCUUCUUUCGGCGCAGCGCAUUGGGCGGGCCAAAUCAAUGCUCAAGCCCUUUGUGCUGCGUCGGAAGAAGCACCAAGUGAUCGACCUUCCCGACAAGGUCUGUCGUGUCCAAUACUGUGACAUGAAGACCUCCCAGUCGGACAUAUAUAGGGAGGAGCAAGAGAACGUUCGUCGACUGUUGGAAGACCGCGCUGCCGGCAAGAAGACCGGGUCUAAGUCGGCGAACAUUCUGAUGAAGCUGCGGCAGGCCGCGAUUCAUCCCCUCCUGUCUCGUCGUAUAUACACUGAAGCUGUGCUGAAGCAGAUGUCUCGGGCUUGCCUCAACGAGCCAGUCUGGCGCCUCUCUGACCCAGACGUCAUCCUCGAGGAAUUGCGCGAGUACAGCGACUAUGACCUGCACGGCAUGUGCAAGAAAUGGUCGUCGCUCGGCAAGUUCCGCCUCCGCAAUGAGGAGUGGAUGGAUUCGGGCAAAGUCGAGCAUCUACGGAAGCUGCUCACCAGCUUCAUCGCCAAUGGCGACCGCACACUGGUGUUUUCUCAGUUCACGCUCGUCAUGGACAUUCUUGAGGAGGUACUGGAGACCCUCAAGAUCCGUUUCGUGCGCCUGGACGGGAACACCAGUGUGCAGGAUCGUCAGGCGAUCCUGGACGCGUUCCACGAGGACGCCGGCAUCCCCGUCUUCCUGCUUUCGACAAAAGCCGGCGGAACGGGUAUCAAUCUGGCCUGCGCGAAUAAGGUCGUGAUUUUCGACUCGUCCUUCAAUCCACAGGAGGACGUCCAAGCCGAAAAUCGUGCCCAUCGCGUAGGCCAGACCCGUGACGUUGAGGUCAUCCGAUUCGUCACUCGCGACACCAUCGAGGAGCAGAUCCAUGCUCUCGGACAAACAAAGCUGGCGCUCGACCAGGCUGUCGCGGGUGAUGAGGAGGGUGGCUCCAAGGGAGGAGGCGGGGAUGCGGGCCGUUGA